AAAGGUGCUCUUGAGAAAUCUUCGGCAGCGGAACAGUUAAAGGUAAAUGCCCUCUGCCGGAAUAACAACCGUGUGACACCAAGCGGAAGUAAAGAAAGGAAAGGCGCGUGUGUGAACAGAGCCGAGAGUGUGGGACCGAAAGAGUCAGCUCAUCACUGUGGUGGUAGCGGCUUUACACUGACUCCCCGAGCUCUCUGUAAUACUUUACAUUCAUUAAUACAUUAUUAAUAAGAGAGAGAGGGAGGUGCGUUAACAGUCUCGCUCUGUCGAAACUUUAUCACGUGACACUAGGCGGAACUAAACAAAAGAAAGGCGCUAAUACUGUUAGCUUUCCUCUUGUGUGCCUGAGCAGAGAGACUCUUCUGUUGUGUUGUGUUGUGUUGUGUUGUGUUGUGUGUGAGCUGUGGCAGUAACAAUGCCUUCAGUUCAGUCUCUGAGAGAGUUUAUCAACGAGCGACUAACUGCUGCUGCUGAACAAAUAUUCUUGGAGUUUGAAAAAACGAUCGUCCAGUACGAGGAAGAGAUCGACCGUCAGCGCAGACUGCUGGAUAUCACCUGGAAACCCCAAAUCAAGCUGCACAGGACAGAACUCCCACAGCAGCCUGUCUGUAAGGACGAGGAGGUUCUCCCUGAGCCGCAGCUCUGGAGCCAGGAGAGGAACUCUCUGCACCAGGAGGAACCAGAACUUCCACAUAUUAAAGAGGAACAGGAGGAACUCUGCACCAGUCAGGAGGUUGAGCAGGUUGGACUGAAGGAGGAGUGUGAUACCUUUAUGGUGACUGCUGCUGAGGAAAGAGACCACGAUGAACCAGAAGCAAGCAGUAACCAGCUCCCUUCUCAAACUUCUCCUAUAGAUGAGAGCCAAAAUCACAGAGGAAGCAGGAAUUUCGACUCAGGGACAAAUAGUAACUUAGAAAGUCAGAGUAAUUGUGACACAGGAAAAGAGUCUUUAACAUGUAAUCUUUGUGGAAAAUCCUUUAAGAAUAAGUACAGAAUGACUCGACAUCAGAGAAUCCAUACAGGUGAGAAACCAUAUUCUUGUAAAAUAUGUGGGAAAAGUUACACGCGAAGCAGUGGAAUGACCAUACACAUGAGAAUGCAUACAGGUGAGAGACCGUACCAUUGUAAAACAUGCAGGAAAGUGUUCUCAAGUAGCAGUCAUUUAUCGGCACACAGAAAAACGCACACAGGUGAGAGACCGUAUCAUUGUAAAACAUGUGGGAAAAUGUUCAAAUCUAGCAGUCAUAUAUGGCGCCACAUGAAAACGCACACAGGUGAGAGACCGUAUCAUUGCGAAACAUGUGGGAAAAUGUUCACAUCUAGCAGUCAUUUAUGGCGCCACAUGAAAACUCACACAGGUGAGAAGUCGUAGUCUUGAAACAUUUAGAGAACAAUGUCCGAGAAGCCAAGCUUGAAAGACGAUCUGAGAAUUUAUACAGGUUCACAGGAGUGCUUUCAGAGUUUAGAUACCUUUAAAUACCAUGUUUAUUAUGUAUAAGGCAAAUUUAACCCUGUAAGACCCAAUCCAUCAAAAAUAACCAGAAAAUUCUAAAAAGAAAUAUUUUUUUGGGGGGGGGGGGGGCUGAGAUGUUUAAUAACCCUUAUAACAAAAUCCACAUUUUUAAUGUCAUGUUGUUUAUCAUAUAUAAUAGAAAUAUACUUUUUGUUUCACUUUUGAUACAUUUGAUGUUUUUGUUUUGAUGAGAUAGAGGUCUUAGAAACUAAUGUAGCAAAUAUGAUACAAAGGUUAUUAUAGGGUUAAUCUGUUCUCAUCAAAUUCGUCAAUGAAAAUAUGGUGACUGUCAAAAACUGAAUUUUAGCUGUUUUAUUUAUUGAUAUAUUUCUCUGUGGCAAAGUUGAAACUCAAUUUGAAGUACAAUGUUCUGGAAUGGCCAUCUCAGUCCCCAGACCUGAAUAUUAUUGAAAUGUGUGGCAUGAGUUAAAGAGAGCUGUCCAUGCUUGGAAGCCAUCAAACCUGAAUGAACUAGAGAUGUUCUGUAAAGAGGAAUGGUCCAAAAUACCUUUAACCACAAUCCAGACUCUCAUUGGAACCUACAGGAAGCGUUUAGAGGCUGUAAUUUCUGCAAAAGGCGGAUCUACUAAAUAUUGAUUUCAUUUCUUUUUUGUGGUGCCCAAAUUUAUGCACCUGCCUGAUUUUGUUAAAACAAUUAUUGCACACUUUCUGUAAAUCCAGUAAACUUCAUUUCACUUCUCAAAUAUCACUG